AUUUAGUUUGCAUCCUUCUUAGAUUGCACGAAGACGGAGCCGCUUGCCUGGAUUCGAAACUUCGCCGCCAUCGUGGUGUGGGGCAGAUCGACGGUCGAUGCACGUGAUCACCUUUUACUUUCUUGCCGAGGUUUCUAUUUUACGACCUUGAUUAUCGACGCCCAUUCACAAUGGCUACCCCUCUCGCAUUUGGUGUCGGUGCUAUCACUGCCGCUCUCGUUGGUCGUCAGCUACUUCGGAGGGUCGGACAAGGAGCAGCAGAGCAGUGGGUCAAAGGAGGGUUCAAAGCCAAGAUGGAUAGAAAAGAGGCUAUUGCCAUCCUUGGACUAAAGGACGGACCCCUGCUGCGUAACAGAGUAAAAGAUGCUCACCGUCAUAUAAUGCUCGCCAAUCAUCCCGACAGAGGCGGCUCUCCUUAUCUUGCCAGCAAAAUUAAUGAGGCAAAAGAUUUGCUCGACAAGACGGAAGGCAAACGAUGAUAGAAAGUUGCGAUUUCGCAAGCUAUACUUACUUAUAACUGUACAAAGGACAUGUAUCAAUACGUUCUCAUCACCCAGCUAAUAUGACAAUAUCCGCAUCCCAUUUCACUAAACGGCGUCCACCUGUCAGCAUGCAAUUUCAUUUCGUCUCAUCCUCGGUAGUCCACCGUGAUUGGGGCAUACCGCAUACCGUCGUCACAAAAGGCGAACCCACUUUACCACAGAAUUCUGCACCGCACACUGUACAUACUUACAACAUUUUUAUUCGAUUUUCAUGUUGCUGACUAAGCA